CAGAUUUAUAGUUGGCCUCCUCGUUCUCCAUCAAACGAAACUACCACAAAACAUGUUCCGGGCGGCACCUAGAGUUAUCUUGGCGUCAGCCCUGCUGCUUCUGCUUCAAGUCCCCAAUGGAUGCCUGUGCUAUCAGUACAAGGUUGGAGAUCUCGAUUGCUGGGGUCUCCCUCCUUCCUCCAACCGCCUCCUCUAUCACUAUUGGUCACGCAACCACAGCUUCCGCGUCGGUGACUCCCUCCUGUUCUUGUACCCGCCGAGCCAGGACUCGGUCGUCCAGGUCACGGCGCGGGCUUUCAACACCUGCGUCGUGGCGACGCCACUGCUGAGGCUUAACGAUGGCAACUCCCUCUUCAACCUCACCUCCCCCGGCUACUACUUCUUCACUAGCGGCGUGGCAGGCCACUGCGCCAAAAACCAGAAGCUGGCCGUCGCCGUACCCUCCGCAGACGGCACCUUCCCCCCGCCCCCGGCAGACGAGGGCGUCGUCGCCGAUGCGCCCCCUCCCGGAGCGUACCAGUCCUUUCCCAUUGUCUUCGGCCCCACCCCGACUCCGGGAUCCAGCGUGAGCGCCGCCCUCUCGCCCAUGUCCGCGGGAUCAGGUGUUGUCGCUGCCGCCGCCUCGGCCUUCUUCCUCCUGGGGGCGGCCUUCGUGUGACCAGGAAUGAUAUGGAUAGGGAAAUGAAAUUUUUUGGCAUUUACUAAAAAAAAAUGCGGUAUGUCUUGCUGUUCUAUUUGAUUAUAGUGUAUUGUAUGCAUUCUUUGGAUCUCACAUUGUAUGAAGAGGCAUGCUCGAUCCAAGUUGGUAAA